UAUUGCAUUAUUCAUUAAAGUCAUUUUAAACAGAUUUCUGCAGUUCAAACAACUCUGAAUUGUAUGAGAACAGUUAUAACGGCCAACGUAUUAAAAAAGUGUCGGUUUGAAAUUGGGCUCAUAAUUACAAUUAAUGUGUCGGGCCAGGCCGGGCUCGGACACAACGUGCAUGGGCUCGGGCUUACUCUAAAGACAUUCAUGGCUAAUAACUGUGAAACAGUUUGUGACACAAUGCUAUCCCUAACUUCACCACCAGAUGUCCUCAUAGAGUUCUGAAGCUUCGAGUAGUGAACCUUUUUUCGAUACAAUUGGAUUGAAAGCUUCACUGCUUCAGAAAGCUUCAGUUCGCCAUCACUAAAUACUGGGACUAAACUAGAAAUACGAGAGCAAGUCAGAGUGUCGUGAACAAACGCAAGACUCGACAAAGAGUGAGUGUGUCUGUGCUGCUUAUGAAGGUGGUCACUGAUGAGAUGCAGGUGGUGAACUGAUGAUCUGGCGUAAUGCAGUGCAGGUGCGUGUAAUCAGUAGUGAACGGCUGAGAGGAGUGAGUGCUGGGGAAUGGGAAUGGGAAACACAAACUGAAAGUCCAUGAAAACCAAUAGAAAAGUCCCUGUAAACCUGACAGUAACAUUCUAACGUGCAGGGUAGUCCGAUAGACUUUAAUGGAGCCCCGUCCUCGUAAAAUAUAGACGAUAGGGGACCAUGACGAUUCAAGCUGAUCUCGGUGAUGACUGGCCCUCAAUAGGAAUAAAAAAUAACAAUAAAUGAUAUGUGUAUAAGGUUUAAACAUAAAGAGAGGCAAAAUAACAACUCCUCCUUUUUUCACAGAUGUUUAUUUUUUAUCAUUUACUCUAUAAAUAAGGUUUUCGCCAGCAGUUCUGCCGGAUAUUGCAUCACACUGACGAGACAUAGCAUAUUAUUUGUAAAUAAAUUAUUUGUAAAUAAAUUAUAUAUAGGCUUUAUACGCUAUGCCACAAUAUUCGAUUCAUUAAUCAUACAACCUCUUAACAUUGCAUCGCUUCAUUUAAAUCUGGUGUAAAUGUUUAAAUGUUUCAGAAACGCAUUUAUUUCAUGUAAAGUUUGCGUGUAAACCCGCCGCUCUGCGCUGGCCUUUUCGUUGUUUUCCUGUGGGGAUAGCGGCGCCGCCAAACUAGAUGGAGCGCUAGAGCGCUAUCCUUGGCGUCGCGCCGCUCGGAAUUUCCGCCAGGUGCGGUGCUCAAAGUUCAUAUUUCAACUUUGACCUUUCAAGGCGCAACCAAUGACUGAGCGUAACAAGAAGCAAUGAUGACGUACCUGCGCUGCUCUUCCUUCUCUGCGCGCCUCUCGACACCUCUGCACGCAUUUCAUAUCGGUAAGUAAAAUAAAUUGAUACAAUUAUCACCACAGCGAUCUAUUCAGGUCAAUAAGUUGUUGUUCAAACCUUUCACCGUGCAGGUAGCAGUUUAAUGGGACGAUGAAUGAUCUCUCCUCCAACAAGUGAAACAUGCAGUAGGCUAACGUUAGCCAUAAGGUAACGUUAGCUGCUUUUAGCAAAUCAAGUCUUUCUUUAUGCCUAGCUUAUUGUCACAUAUAAGAUCAUCAUAACGGGUACAAUCACGGGAAAUUUCAACACGUUCUCACCUAAGCACUAACUUUGAAAAGCCAUCGCUAACUUUGAUUGAAGAUACUCUAACAGCAGAUUAACUAUUUUGACUUUACUAUUGUCUGGUGCUAUUCCUCAAUUUUCUACAGUAAAUUGAACUUGAUAUAGCCUCAGAAGUUUUCCUACUGCUUUUGUCUAUCUUAGUCCAUCUCAACUUGUGGUUAAUGUAAUUUGUAAUAACAGUAGAUUUACUAAAAUAUUGGCCAGGUGUGUUGAUGAAGUAGUGGCAGAGAAACACAGUUAAUAUGUUGUUUAGACAGUUAUAAAAUGCAGUGUGUCUAAUUAUAUUUGUUAGUAUAUUUAAAUCCACACAUUAGUGUAAUACAUCAGUUAGCCUAGCUUAUUGUCACUUGUAUCAUCCUAACAGGUACAAUCACGGGAAAUGUAUAGUGAUUUAACGUUAUUUCAAAUAACAUUAGCUCACAACAAUUUGUUGGUACCAUCAUUUGUAAAAACUUUUCAGUGGUGUUCUCUCUCUCUCUCUUUCUUUAUCUCUCUCUGCCUACCUCUGUAUUUGUCUUAUCCGUAUAUUGUAUUUGUUAGUUGGACGCUUGUGUUUCUGCUGGUCACUAUGAGUGAUUCAGAUAUGGACGAUAACCUGCUUGAUCAAGAGCUUAUUGAUGACCUCCAAAAUGCUGAUGACCUGCUUGCUGAGCUGCAGAAAGAGGAGGCAGCACCACCAGCGAGGACAUCCAAGUCAACAGUCAGGUGGAGAAAGAGAGACAUUGAUGAGAAUCUACUCUAUGCAAGGCCAAGGUCACACAGGAAUCAGUCAGAAGAAGUUGGUCAUGAUCAGACUCCUAAUCCUCCCUGCAACACUGCUGAUCAUGUCACUAACACUGAGGUGGCCUUUGCUCCAGACACAGCUUCAAAGACCAUCUCUGCUGAAUGUCUUCUGCAAGAUCUGCAGCAGUCAUUGAGUGUCUCUGACGAUGAGACAGAGGAAGCUGCAGUAGACCAGGGAGCUCGUCUGGCUUCCUUGGAUUGGAGCACUCGUAACUCUCUCUUUUUUGAGAGAUGGAGGGCAAAGAGACCUUGCCUUGUAAAUAGCAUGUUGGCACAGGGGAAUGUGGCAACACAAAUCUGCAGUCAAUGUGGGAACAACUGUGCAACUGUCAGAUGCAGAGACUGCUUACCAUGUUCAUUCCUCUGUGCUGAAUGCGACAUCAGCCGGCACAACAAAACCUACAGCCUUCACAACCGGGAUGCCAUGUGUGCUGGUUUCUUCCAGCCAUUACCUCCAACCAGUUGCGUUGUGGAUAAUGCUGUUACACACUGUGUGCAGCUUUUUCCUAUUAAGAUGCCUGUCCAAAUCUGUGGCUGUCCACAAGAGGCACUGUGGGUCAUACAAGGAAAGUCAGUUGCUUUGGUCACAAUAAAUGGGCGGUAUGAUCUCAACAUGCCAGAGCUGAGCUGUGAGAGAUGCCAGGCUACUUGGACUGCAGGAGUGGAUGACCUUAGAGUAAGGGGCUACUGGCCUGCCACCCUCAAUUUUGCAACAAUUUAUGAGGAAGACUUAUUUUUUACUUUUGAGAGCUUGAAGAUGGCAUCGCCAGGAAUGUCCUGUCAGGCUUUUCUAGGAAUGCUUAAGAAGCGGACUGUUUGCUUUGGCCGUACUGGGAAGCUCUCAUCUGACAGCUUUCAAAAAAGCUUUUUUGAAUGGGCUGCUGUUCAAUAUGAAGUUGAUGCCAUUUGCAAGGAGGACCAGUUUAGCUGUCCUGCCUGCACUCCAGCAAUGCUUGCCGUCUCGGUUGACGGAAACCGCAAGCUUUAUCGUUUCAAGAGUACAGCAAGAUCUGAGGAGCGGCCAAUCGUUGAUGGUGUCUUCAUUGCUAAUGAUGAAGAUGUGACCAGAUUUGUGGACCAAGUACACAACAAAACCAAACAUAGUUUGUUCGGACUGUCCAGAGCUCCAGUCUCUUCAAAACAUGAGGCCCUUCCUGUCGGUUUUGCAUGCUAAAGCCCACGACUUCAAACGUAAAAUGGAGCGGAGCAAACCAAGAUGGGGCUGGUUCGACAUUAGGGGAGGAAGUGGAGCAGUGUAAUGCCUUUCUCUCCAGAGUAGCGGUCACUACAAAGCACAUGUCAAAAGCAGGACGCAAUGACAUGCUUACACUGCUCUCCAUGAGAUGGAACCAGCUGAAGUUUCAAAACCUGGCAAAUUCGCUUUCCCAAAGAUACCAUAAGACUUCCAAAGCUCUAAAUGUCCAAUUGGGGGACCUGGAAACUCUGAAAGCCCAGCUUCAACUGCAAGAAAAAACCAUGGAAUUUGUGCAAGAUGUGAAAGACUGGGCAGAUGGAGAAACAAACCAUCUAGGCACGACACAGGUCUUGUGUCAGAAGAUUGAUGCCCUCACAUCAAGUAUAAAAACAAGAUCUCAACGCCUCUACCAAAAAAUGACCGCAACAAAUAUCGACAUAGAAUUCGACAGAAAAUAAGGCAACAGAAGACCACUUUGCAGGCCAUGCUAGACGAGUACAACAGCCUUGUUACACCCGAGCAAGCAGUGUGCAUGGAUCAUAUUCUGGACACAGAACAUCCCUGGCCUUGGCAAAUAACACAAAAUGGUACGCAUUAUAUGUAUUGUGUGCAUGCUUGCCU